AAAACUCAGAGAAGGAAAGAGCUUUCGAUCUUCAGUGUUUCUGAAUCCAAACAUCAAAUUAUUUUUAAAACACCGAAUUUGCAGGUAUAAAUAUAUCUUUUAUCUUCUCUGUUUCAUAGUUCAUAACCUUAAUUUAGUUUUCAAAGAAAUUCAAUCUUAAUUUCAGAAGCAACAACUUUGUUCCGAUAAUUAGGUACAAUGGGUGUGAGAGGAGGACUCUUGUUUCUGCUUGUGUUGGGAAUUAGCUGGAUCUUUGCCGAUGCGAGGAACUUCGCCGUUGUCUCAGAUGUUUCAAAUACAGGGAAAGACAAAGAUAAAGUAUGCAAUAUGUGCGAGAAAUUUGCUACUCAAGCACUAACUUACCUUGGUCAGAACGCUACCCAAACUGAGAUCCUUGGCAAGCUUCAUCAGGCUUGUUCCAAGAUGCGUUCUUUCAAGAAAGAGUGCUUGACAAUGGUGGACUAUUACACUCCUCUAUUCUUCUUAGAGGUAAACACAUUAAAACCUGAGAACUUCUGUCACAAGAUGGAUCUUUGUGAUGCACAACUUCCAGACAGUUGCAAGAUGUGUCAUCAAGCCGUAGAUGAAGUCUUGGAAAAAUUGGAAAAUCCUGAUACACAGUUAGAGGUUAUAGAGAUUCUUCUGAAGGCAUGCAAUGCGGAGAAGAAAUACGCCCAACGGUGUAAAAAGCUAGUUUUCGAGUAUGGACCCCUGAUCAUGGCAAACGCACAGCAGUUUCUGGCAUCGAAAGACAUCUGCACUAUCGUUGGUGUCUGUAAGACCCCCUCUGCUGUUGAUGUGAAUGAAUCAGAAGAUGCAUCAUCUUCAUUCUCAACCUCAGCCAAAACAUCAUUGCUCGCCGAUAUUUAAAUCUGUCAGAGAAAUAGCUGGGAUAACAGUUCAGUAGAGACGGAAUGAAGCUCAUUGCAAGAAGUUAGUACAUAUGUGCUUAUUAGGUGUGUGCAACUACAUAAUUAAACCUAAGACAUGAUGUUCUAUGUAUAUACGUGUGUAAUUAUCAAUUUAACGGAAAUAUUUCUGUCUGGUUUUAUUGUUAUUGUACACUUAUUCCGCUAUUGGGAGAACUGGUUGGAGGUUGUUUAUUCAGUUUAACACUUCAAAUUUAACUUCUCUUUCUUUCA